CCCGAACCGACACAUCCCCAAAUUCCAUUCAAACUAAACCAGCCCUAUACAACCUAGGGUUUCAGAGUACCGUCCAACACACGUUCGUACAUUCCAAUUCACCAAAAUUUUCCAAUCAAUCGAACAAAUUUCAUUCAAACGAUGCCUCCGAAAACCGCGAGAAAGUCCGCCGGUCCAGGAAGAAGAGGCGGAAGAACCAGAGGAGCGGCGGCGAAGGUAGCGGCGGCGCAACCUGAUCCGCCGGUAGCAACGGCGCCGGAAGAAUCUGUUAAUCCGGUGAAAGAGGAGGUUCCGGUUGAGGUUAAAGAAGAGAAGGCACCGGUUGUGGUUAAAAAGGAGGAGAAAAUGGAGAAAGUUGAGGAGAAACCUGUGGAUGAUAAUGGAAUAGAUCAUGCAAAGAGAGAAGACAGUGAUGUGAAAGAUUCCGUUGAGGAAUAUGAAAAAGGAGAACGGUUGGAUUUGGAGGAUAACGAUCCCGAAGAAUCCGAACCCGAGGAAUAUGUCGGUGAUGAUUAUGAUGAGAAAGUUGGCGAGGAUGGAGAUGUCGGUGAGGAAGAAGUUGAGGAACAGGAAGUUGGUGAGGAGGAAGAUGGUGAUGAUAUGCAUGAGGCAGAAAUGGAAGAGCCUAUAGAGGAAGAUGGUGAUGAUAUGCAAGAAGAACAUGAGCAUGAACACGAACACGAACAUGAGCAGGCUGCUGAUGAGCGUACUGACAUGGUGGAUGCUGAUGAACAAGAACACCAUGACGUGUUCAAAGAAAGACGUAAACGAAAAGAGUUUGAAAUCUUUGUUGGUGGAUUGGAUAAAGACGCUACCGAGGAUGAUCUUAGGAAAGUGUUUAGCGCAGUUGGAGAAAUUUCUGAAGUCAGGCUUAUGAUGCAUCCUCAAACAAAGAAGAACAAAGGGUUCGCAUUCCUUCGUUUCGCAACUGUCGAACAAGCAAAACGAGCUUGUGUAGAACUAAAAAACCCUGUGGUUAAUGGGAAACAAUGCGGUGUUACGCCAAGUCAAGACAGUGAUACGUUAUUUUUGGGUAACAUAUGCAAGACAUGGACCAAGGAAGCUUUAAAAGAAAAGUUGAAAAAGUAUGGAGUUGAUACCGUGGAAGAUUUAACAUUGGUGGAAGACAAUAAGAGUGAAGGAAAUAGUCGGGGCUUUGCAUUUUUGGAAUUCUCUUCGCGUUCAGAUGCGAUGGAUGCUUUUAAGCGUCUGCAAAGGAGAAAUGUGACGUUUGGUCUUGAUAGGCCCGCUAAGGUUUCUUUUGCAGAUUCUUUCAUCGACCCUGGUGACGAGGUCAUGGCCCAGGUUAAGACUGUUUUUGUGGAUGGGCUGCCGGCUUCAUGGGAUGAGGAUCGAGUGCGGGAUACUCUCAAGAAAUAUGGGUCGGUGGAAAAAAUUGAGCUAGCCCGUAACAUGCCCUCUGCCAAAAGAAAAGAUUACGGGUUCAUCACAUUUGGAACACAUGAUGCAGCUGUAACAUGUGCUAAAAAUAUCAAUAAUGAAGAGAUCGGUGAAGGAGAGAACAAGGCUAAAGUCAGGGCCAGAUUGUCACGACCACUUCAAAGAGGCAAAGGAAAACACCCCUCCCGUGGUGAUUUUCGGCCCAGUCGUCCGUCUUCUAGUUCUUUUAGGGGCUCUUGGGCCCGGCCCGUACCACGUAGUCUACCUCCACGUGAUAUAAGACGACUUAGAGGACGUAUACCACCUGUUGUUGAUCGUGGUUUCAAGAGGCCCCGUCCCGCUGGAUUAAUGCCCAGACGGCCUGUUGUGCCCUUGCCACCAAGGGCAAGGCCCGCAAGGCCAGUGGCUCCUUUACCGAGGUCUUAUGAGAGAAGGCCACCUGUUCCUUCACACCCCAAGAGUAGCUUGAAGCGGGAAUAUAGCCGACGUGAGGAGCUUCCACCGAGAAGCAGAGCAGUUGCUGAGCUUCCGCCAAGAAGCAGAGCAGUCGCCGACUAUGGCCCACCUAGGUCCGCCCCAGAGAGACACUCAUCUUACAGAGACAGUUAUCACCCUACACGCGGACCCCCUGCCUAUGCGGAUCUUCCAAGAGGGUCCUCUCACUCUUCAUCAAGAAGAGACGCCUACACAGACGUUGGCGGCUAUUCAGCACGGUACGAAAGACCGCCACCGAGCUAUCGUGAAACCCGCCCUCGAGAUUACGAACCUCCAGUUCCUGGUUCGAAACGUUCAUACGCUGCACUGGAUGACGUUCCACCUCGCUAUGCUGAUGCUGAAGUACGCCAAUCGCGUGUCCGUGUGGACUAUGAAAUGGGAGGUGGGUCUUCGCAAUAUGGAGAUGCAUACAGUGAGAGAAUUGGAAGAUCAAACAUAGGAGGAGGAUAUGGUGGUAGCAGGAGUUCAAUGUCUGGUCAGGAUUCUCAUGGUCUUUAUAGCAGCAGCAGCCGUCAAGGCAUGUCUUAUGGUAGAGGCUCUUACAGUGGUGGUGAGGGUGGCGGUAUGUACUCAUCGAGCUAUGGCGGUGAUUACGUAUCUCGUGGUAGUGAUGUUGGUGGAAGCUCUUACUCAUCAUCACUAUAUUCUGGCCGUAGCAUGGGCGGGGGUGGUGGUGGUGGUUACAUGGGUGGGGGCGGAUCCGGAUCCUACUAUUGAGGUGCACACCACUGUCUCAUUUUUUAUGCCAGUUUGUCUCGGGGAUGUUAAUUGGUGCAGAAUGCGUUGUCAUGAUGAUGUCUACAUGAUGUGAUCUUAUAGAAUCCUUAUGUUUCUUUCACGUUUGGGGGGGGGGGUAUGUUUAGGCAAAGUACAUUUUUAGAUUAUUGGUUUAAGUGUAUCAACUCAACCUAAGUUGUUUUUUAAUUUGUAUACCUCAUUGCCUGAUGAUUUUGCUGAUUGGAUAAAGCUUUUUCUGUAAGAGUGCAUGUUUUGGACCCAACUCUGUAGAUUGCUUGUUAUCA